AUGUUCUCCUAACAAGUUCUGGGGUUUCUCUCACUUUCCAGUGAGAUAGAUUCAAUUCAAAAUUCAAUCUUCAGACGGUUUUCAGCUUCAAUUUCACUUUUCCUGGGUUUUGAAGGUUGAAGAUACUGUAUUAGACAAUAGUGGUUGUUUGAAACUGUAAAGCAGAAACAUGGUUCAAAAACUAGAACCUAUCAAGGGUGGUGGUGGAUCCAUCAAGAUAGGGGCAACUGGGACUAUCAGUUCUCUAAUGACGAGGGAGCUGGAUUUGAUUCAAUCAGCUCCACAAACACCAGUAUCUUGCAUACACAAGCCUGAAACACUUCCUGCAUCAGUUGCCUGUAAUCAUGCCACGCCUAGAAGGUUGCAGCUGGGGAAGUCACUGGAUGAAGCAAGCACCAGUGGCAGCAGCAACAGAAAAAAUGAUAGAAGCAAUCAAAAUUCCCUGAAGAGUAAAAGCAACCUGAAAAAUACACAUCAAGUUCCAAUGCUUGGUUCUGACAAUAUAGCUUUGGAUGGAACUUCUAGUAGAGAGAAAACUGACAAGAAAGUAAACAUUGUUGAAAUUGUAGACAUAAAGUGUGGCAAUCCAGAUAGAGCUUGGGCUAGUCCCAUCACAAAUCGACUCAAAAAGCUUGGAUUCUCUAAGCUCUCUGAGAGCAUGAUCUAAACCUACAACUUCUUCUCAUCAGACUUCAGGCUUCUGUAACCAAAACCUGAAACCCCAACUGGCCUGUUCUCUGCAAUUUCCACCAUAGAACAUAUGCUUGGUAGAAGCUUGCUCCCACCCCUCUUUUUCUUCUUCUGACUUGCUACUGCAGACCUAAUAGUUGGCCUGCAAUGACUGCUAGAGGAUGCUGUGUCUCUGGUAUUGCAAUGAGGCUUCUUGGAGCUAGCUCGGUGACUUAAUUCCAGCCGGCGGAAGUACUCAAUUUCUUGCAUUAUGAGGGAUGCAACGGUGCCUGUAGUGCCUAUUUCUACAAGGGGGUACUCUACCUGUGCAGCCAUUUCUUCUGGGACUUUUGUGGCAAUGGUGAAGGAUUUGUGCAUGAUUUGUUUACAGGGUUCAAGGAGGCUUGUAGAUAAAGAGAGGUUGUUAGUUUGGGUGGGGCAAUUGCUUUGAGCCCGGGGCAUUCGGUGAUUGGCCUUGUUCCCAGUUUUUUCGCAUGAAUUCUUUAUCUCAUGUUCUUUAUCUAAAGUGAACAUCAUUAUAUUGGAAGACUGGGGGAGCCAAGGACUCGGUCAUAGUAUUCAUGUGUUUGGAGUUAAAAACAUUUAAGUUUCUAACUACUUACAUCUCCCUUUUAAACUCAUGGAUCCCAUUUUCAUGUUGUUUGUUGAACAGUUAGGUUACUACCUGCAAAAUUUUGAUUACCGCUGAUCUGGUUUGAA